CAGUGUGACUACAUUUGGAGCGACAGUCCGGUGGGGAGGGUCCGCCGUCUGAAGGGCAGCGGCACCACUCCUGCGGCGCAGUGCAUGAGCAAUGUCUCACCCACCAAGGAACAACAUUGUCUGCAACCUCUGAUUGGUUGGCUCUCAGCAAAGAAAGUCAAUAGGUCCAAUGGAAUCUGAAUCGCCAUUUCACUGGAGAAAAGUUUGACUCCCGUUUUGUUAAAAAGUGGAACAAAAGCAACCCAUCUGUUUUUAUAUGCUUUUUGAAUAACUUGAGUCGAAGAAAGUCAACUGAAUCAUCCUGAGGGACAUGGACAGCAUGGAGAACCUAGUCCUGGAGCCCAGAUCAGAGCGGAUCGCUCGCUACAAAGCAGAGAGGAGGCGAGAACUGGCUGAGCGCUUUGGCAACCUGGAGGAGCUACCUACCAAGUGGGUGAGGAGGGAUGGGAAAGAGGUCCACGACCCAGAGACCCACAACCAGAGAGGGACUUUAGACUCAGAUGGCCUCAGUGAAAGAGUUAACGGCAGGACGCGCAGGGUUGCUAACGGAAUAGAGGAGUCCAACCACUUGAAGAGGCAGGGUUCCCCGGGCUCUGCCAGCAUGCUGGGUGGGGAGGGGCACCCCGUCCCUGUUGGACUCGAUGCCCCGCAGCUCCACACUUGGGUGUCGGUGGGCCAGUUGAGAAGUUCUCUUCUGCAGCAGACUGGGAGCGGAGCACAGAAAGUUUGCCCUGACGCUGGGCGGUCCACCUCCUCUUUGGAUCUGGCUGUAAAGCCUGGCUCUGACGGGGGGCGGCGACGCACCCGGCGUUACCUCCCCAGCGGGUCAGGUGGGGGUCGCAAGACCAGCGAGCGCUUCAGGACACAGCCGAUCACAGCCAAUGAGAUGGAGGAGAGCAGCGGGGGGUUGGAUGCAGAGGAAGAGGAGAAUUGCAAAGCUGAUGUGAAAACAGAUGACAGAGCCAAAAUGAGUGUGGCAGCCAAGAUGUCUUUGUUUAAAGAGCUGGAGAAAUCAGCUGCCCCCGAGGCCUCGGCCUUCCUGAAGCCUCGCUCAGGCAGCGUCUCUCAUGAGCGCAGGACGCGCCGUGGCAACGAUCAUCGCUUUCUUACUCAGCCAAUCACCUGUGAGGAAAUCGUGGCAAUCAGCGCCCCCAAACCAGCCCCCCCAGUGGAGCCCCAGUCUGCGCCGGCUGAGGCGGUGGAGGAUGCUGAUGAGAGCUGCAAGCUGAGCAUGAGUGAGAAGCUAGCACUCUUCAACAAACUGUCCCUCACAGGGAAGCAGGAGGGCGGCCCCGCUGACGGGCCCCCAGAUAGACGGAGGCAGAAGGGGGCCAGGUACCGCACACAGCCCAUCACUGUGGAGGAGGUCAGCCUGCUCCAGAAAGGCCCCGUUCAGCUUCCUGCCUUCUCUUUGUGCCCUCAUCUGUCCGACAGACAGCAGGACUCGUCUGUCAAUCUGAAACCCAGUGAGCUACGCCACUCCCAGCUUAGACCUGACUCCGGCCCCGUGUCUGGAGAGGGUCUGCAGCGGCACGACUCUGAGCCCAUCCUCAGAGGAAUCCUGAAGAAGAGCUGCUUCGGAGGCUCCGAGUGGAGCAGGGCGACCUGCCAUGAACAGAAUGGUGGAGGUUGUGAAGAUGCAGGAACACAAGGGAGGAUGGAGAGCACAGAGCGGCAGGAAGUGCCUGCAGCCCCGCGGAGAGAGAGGCGCCAGGCUCCAGGUGUGGAGGGGGGCUCGCUGCCUACCGCUCCCUGGAGGCAGAGGGCUCGCACCAGAAGGGAAACCAUUGCCUGUACACCGAUAAGAGCCUUGCCAGAGCAGGACGCUGCGCAGGGGGAGAGGGGGGGCCAGACAGAGCUGCAGGAGCAGCUGCUCUCCUCUGUGGAGCACCGCUCAGAUACUACUGGGAGAGUUCAGCAGCAGAGUGAGGAGAAGAGUGAGAGGAGGAGGAUGAAUGAAGAAACCCCAGCCGUGGGACAUGUUGAGGUCACACUGCUAGAUGGCAACAGUAACAUGCAGGAGUCCACCAACACCAGCAGAAGAAAGUGCCCUCUGCAGGAAGAGACAGAACACCUUCAUGUGGACGCUGUCACCCCUCAGUGCUGGGAUCCCGUCUUUGCCUCUGUCUUUUCUAGCAGUACCCCCCAAUAUAUCAUAUGUUUCAAUCAGACAAAUUUGUCUUUUGAGGCACAAGAAGUCUCCUCUCCUACCAAGGAUCCGAUUCAGCCUCAGCGGAGACAGAAGGUUAAUGGAGUUGAGGAUGAGAAUGGCCAAGACGAGGACAUGAAUACAGAGCAGGAAAGGAAAGAGAAACAUGCUGGAUGUUUAGCCCUGAGAGGAUCUCCAGAAUCAGACAGAAAUGAAACCUCUCAUUACAAAGGACUCUCUGAAGCUCCAACACGCACAUAUGAAGAAAUCUCCCCGCAGCCUUUAACAGAGUUUGAAGAUCCACAGGGCUCUCCGCUCUCGGUGUGUCCACAUAAGGUGAGGGAGGAGACGCCUGUGGAUGAAUCAAACCCUAAUGGAGGUUCCUACAGAGAUCAGUCAGCUCCCUCGGCCUGUGCCCCCCCACCCUGUGGAGACGCUGCUGCCACAGAGAGUGAGCAGGACCUGGGCGUCCUCUGCCAGACCAACGCACCCAUACUGACAUCAGCAGUAGCGGAGCACAGGCGGUCGGUGCGUCCGUCCCGCCGUACGCAGGGCUCCAGAAACCCUCUGAGGGCCCUGGCCGCCCGGGAGGACAUCCGGCAGGACUACAUGGGGGAGAGAGUGGACUCAGCGUCUGAGGAGAGCAACCAAUCAGAGAAGAAGUCCAAGAACCCGCCUGUGACAGAAUCAAAUCUUUCCAGAGCAGAAGACGUCCUCUCUUCCUCAGACACAACCAAGUCUUCUCCUCCCUUCAGCAGCCUCAUGCUCAUUCACAUCAAAGGUAGGCGGCAGGUCCAGGUGCGUCUGGUGGAGCCCUCAGCACGCUCCCUGAACAGUGGAGACUGCUUCCUGCUGGUCUCCCCGCAGCACUGCGUCCUGUGGAGCGGAGAGUUCGCCAAUGAACAUGAGAAAACCAAGGCCUAUGAGCUGGCAUCAUCCAUCCAGAGUCAGAGGGGUCUGGGCUGCCAGGCCUCCCAGGUGGUCCACCUGGAGGAGGGGGUAGACUGUGACGGCAGCCUGGCAAAAGACUUCUGGGGCCUUCUGGGAGGACGGACACAAUACAAAGGAGCCAGUGCAGAGGAGGAGGAUGAGCUCUAUGAGCGUGGGGUGGUGGAGUCGAACUGUGUGUACCGGCUGGUGGAGAACAGGCUGGUGCCUCAUGAGCAGGCCUGGGCCUCUAUCCCCAGUGUCUCCCUGCUGGGCUCCACUGAGGCCCUGGUGUUUGAUUUCGGCAGUGAGGUGUACCUGUGGCAUGGCCAGGAUGUCUCCCUCAGUAGGAGGAACGUUGCCUUCCAGCUGAGUCACCAGGUGUGGGUCGGUCCUUAUGACUACAGCAACUGUGGAGUGAAUCCGCUGGAUCCCACGCAGUGUAACCCCAACACACCGCUGAGGGGAGAGGGGCGUCCCAGCUGGGCGUUGUUCGGUUGUGUCUCAGAGCACAGCGAGACUGCUCUGUUCAGGGAGAAGUUCCUGGACUGGACAGUCAGGAGUGGAAGCACGGAGGAAGCUGCUGCCGUGAGCCACAACACACAGCCUGUCCCAGUUCAGUCUUCCGAGUUAAUGCCCCCAUCCUCAGACAUCUUAAGUGCCUGUGAUGCCAAAGCCUUAGUGUCCGGUCAGUUACUAGAAGGGGAUGGCUUGGUCCAUAACGUGUUAGCUGGGGUUGACGUCCAGAGGGGGCACGGGGUCAUCAUGCUGGAGGAAGGACGUCAGAUGGAGGUGAAGACAGUUGCUGUGGACAUGUGGCACGUCCAGGAGUUUGAUGACAGCGAAGUUCCCGUGGAGUGUACCGGGCAGCUUCACGAAGGAGACUCCUACGUCAUCCGCUGGACUUACAGUAUCAACACUGUCGAUAAGAUGAACAGCACUGAUGAGUGUAGUGGAAGUCCCGAACAAAAAGAAAACACUGCCUUCUUCCUGUGGCGGGGCCGUCACUCCAGUGUCAGCGGACGGGACACCGCUGCUUUCCUGUCCAUUGGGACGAACAACCAAGAGGAGUCACAGGUGGUGGUUCCUCAGGGAAAGGAACCUCCCUGCUUCCUGCAGCUUUUCCAGGGAGGCCUGGUCGUUCACAAGGGCAAGAGAGAGGAAGCCUCCACUAAUGCAGCAGAGUGGCGUCUCUUCUGUGUGCGCGGAGAGCUCCCUGAGGAAGGCUCUCUGUUGGAAGUGGAUUGCUGCUGUGCAGGUCUGAGGUCCAGGGGCUCUGUCGUCCUGCUCAGCAGCCAGCAGGGGCUGAUGUACCUCUGGACGGGCGGUAAGGCUCACAGCGGCUCCAGAGAGGUCAGCAAGAGGGCAGUGGAGCAUCUCACUCAAACGUGUCCACCAGAGCUGGGUCUCAGUAAAAGCAGCCCUGUGAAGGUGCAGGUAGUGGAGGAAGGCUCAGAGCCGGCAGAGUUCUGGACAGCACUGGGACAAAUGGACAGGAAGGCGUAUGACUGCAUGCUGCAAGAUCCCGGAAAGUAUAACUUCACACCUCGCCUCUUCCACCUGAGUGCCUUCUCUGGGAGUUUCCAGGCUGUCGAGCUGCAGAGUCCAACUCGGCUGCCGGGGGUCGUGAUGCCAUCGCCCUUCAUCCAGGAGAGUCUGUACUCUGUACCACAACCAGCCUUGUUCCUGCUGGACAACCGUCUGGAGGUGUACCUGUGGCAGAGGGGUCAGCCUGAGCAGACGGAGAGCUCAGCCUCAGCCUGGAGCUGCUGGCAUGCUGAGAGGAGGUGUGCCAUGCAGACGGCGCUGCAGUACUGCAAGGAGAUGAAACCAAGACGCCCACCGCAGGUUUACCUAAUUUUUGAGGGUUUAGAACCUCUUACCUUCACUAAUGUGUUUCCCCGCUGGGAAAAGAGCCUGGGACUCCAUCCACAGGGUGAUGCGGGGCGGGUGAAGACCCAGUACCCUCUGGAGGAGCUGCUGCAGAGCCCCCUGCCUGAAGGAGUGGACCCCCAGCGCCUGGAAGUCUACCUGUCUGAUCAGGACUUCCAGACUAUUUUGCAAAUGAAGAGAGAUGAAUACGCUUCCCUCCCAGACUGGAAGCAGAUUGAUCUGAAGAAAAGCAAAGGGCUGCUUAGCUAGACAGCGAAAACAAAUGGAGGCUGACUGAUGCUCCUGCAGCAGGGACUUCCUCCUCCACUGAGAAGAGAAGAUGGCAGGGGGGUAUUAGCACCGCGUUGCUGCACAAAGGACUGCUCACACUGUUAUUAAAAAGAGGAAAGAAAUUAACUUUUAUUUAUGUCAAACUAGUAUGAGUGUUUGGACUUUUUAUCAGACAUGAAUUUCUCUGUAGCUAUUGUUCAGAGCAAAAAACAACACACAUUUUCCUAUUAAAGUAAACUUUAUCUGUACAAAUCAUUGAAAGAUAUAAAGAAAAUGUGUGAGCGAAGGACAUCAGUAACAAACUGUGGAAUAAGGAUAAGAAAACAAAGGAAUACAUACAAAAAAAUCAAGAAAAAAAAGAAUAAAAGGCUAACUACUUUUAAAAAGGUUUCCUCCUCGAUUGAGAUCUUUCCAUCAAAAUAUCUCUGCAUGCUCGGAACUAAAGUUUUGCUUAAUUUCAGUUUAUAGAUUUUCAGCUGCUGCUUCUCUUCCUGAUUGUCACUACAAUCUUAAAAACAGUGUAUUUGACUCCUAUGAUGUGUAUUAUACAGUCGUAAGAGCUACUGAUGUGUUCAUUUGUCUGCCUGCCUUGUGUGCACAAAGGUUUGUGCCAUGUGUAUUUUAGCUUAAGCCCAUGUGUUCAUUGUUGCUGUGGGUAAUGCCUUAUUAGGACUCCUUGGGGAUUCAGUAUUAGCUAUGCAUGGGGGAGCAGGUAGACAUGCUCCAAUAACAUCCCUCUGGCCCCAAACACCACGCUAAUUCUGCUCCACCUCAAUCACCACGCUGUUCACAACACCCCUCCUAACACAAAAACCUAUAAAGACAUACUGCAUCUCUAUUGUGUGUGAAAGCUCAAUAUUUCUGAUAAUGGUAACACUGAGCUGAUGGUGAUUAAAAAUGUGUUGAUGUACUUUGGUGUAAUAUCCUA